UAGCCGACUUGUUUUGGAACAUGACAGCAAGUGCUCAGUCAUAGCAGCUCUUCGACAGGCUGACACACACCGUAGAGCUAAUAGAGGAGCGUUGCUGGAAUAUUCCAAGACAGUAUAAAAGCCUCUGGUCUUGUUCAUUGGGACAGAAGCACAGAAGAACUGAACCAGCUCAAAACAGCACUGAAAAUGCUUUGCCCAAGCACAUUUCAGCCUCACCUCAGCCCAUUCAUGGAUUUCCAAUGGCCAGUGCGCAGUCUGUGGCCGGAGACCAGACCUCUGUUCUUUCAGAUCGAGAAAGAAAUGAUGAGACACAUGCAGGAGAUGAGACACAACCUGGAGUUCAUGGAACGCCUGCACCAAAGGAUUUUCGAUGAGAUUGACCAUGUUUCACCCAUGACGACUUUCAAACCCAUCUCAUUCCAGCUCGGAAAGGAAGGAAGCCUCUAUGCACUGACGCUGGAUACAAAGGAUUUCACUCCGGAGGAGCUGUCUGUUAAACAAGUGGGCAGGAAGCUGCGGGUGAGCGGCAAGACAGAGAAGAAGCAAGACGAUGGGAAAGGAUCGUUCUCGUACAGAUGCCAAGAAUUCAGGCAGGAGUUUGACCUUCCUGAAGGUGUGAAUCCUGAGAUGGUGACCUGCUCUUUAAAUAAUGGCCAGCUACAGAUUCAAGCACCCAAAGAAGCCAAUGCUGUGAGCAACGAGAGAGUGAUUCCCAUUACAUACACUCCUGCUGUGAGAAGUCCUGAUUCUCAGAGCCCUCAACCUGAGAGCCAAGGAGCUGAGGCAGAGGUUACGGAUAAGUGAGCUUCGCCUCUGUCCCACAACGGAACAAAUGACUCUAUGACAUUCAUUUACAACUUGAAAGAUUCAGAAGACAUGAUUCAGUUCAAUAUGUUGUUAAACUGUAUUUCUUUUUGUUGAAUUUCAAAAAGAUGUUAAAAGAGAGAGAGAAAAAAAUUAUUUUGUGUACAUCUAAUAAACUAAAAACAAGUUUAUUUGCCAGAUUUUCACAAAAUAUUAUUCAGUUGGUAAAUAUGUUAAUUUGUAUUUAUUUAUUUAUUUAGCUAAUAAAUGGAUCUUCCUUU